AUGGGGCUUACGACUGCCUUACCCAAGGUGGAACUGUACCUUUACAGUCUAGUGUUGACCAUGGCAGUCCUGUGGUCAGCUAGCUGGAUCUAUGAAGCAUCGACAGAAAACAUGAGCAAGCAGACCUUUAAGCAAAGUGUCAAGCGUGGCUGGUCGUACAUUGGUCGUAAGAUGGAUGUGGCUGACUUUGAGUGGGUGAUGUGGUUCACCAAGUUCCGAAACUACAUUCUCUUCGCCUUGUCGGGCCAUGUACUGUUUGCCAAAGCCAUUUCCAUGUCCUUCCCUCAGCACAGAUCCCUAUACUUCAUGGUCUAUGGGAUUCUUGCAGUCCUGGCUACAAUGGGUUUCUCCUACUUUGCAUUAAUCCUGUCCCACUGCAUUCUGCUCUACGGCAUUGGCUUGGCUAAGCAGAAGUGGCUGUGUUUCGUUGCUGGUCUGUGCAGUUUAGCGACAUUUAAAAUUGAGCCUGUGGCUUCUUGGCAGACAGGGUUUGUAACGGGCACCUUCCAGCUCCAGGAUGUCCUGUUCUACGGAGGAACUGGUUUCACCAUCAUGCGAUGCAUGAGCUUCGCCUUGGAAAAUGCCGAGAAGAAAGAUGGGAACUACUCGAUCCUGGACCUUCUCAUCUACAACUUCUACCUCCCCUUCUUCUUCUUCGGCCCUGUGAUGACCUUCGAUCAGUUCCACGCUCAGGUAAAUCAAUCCAAGUUUGCUCGGAAAGAGAAGGAGGUGUGGAACAUUGGGAAAUAUGCCUUACUGCACCUUGCUGUGAUCAUCCUUGUGGAUAUCUUCUUCCAUUACCUCUACAUCCUGACCAUACCGUCUGACCUCAAGCUGGCCACAAUGCUGUCUGACUGGGCAUUAGCCUGCUUGGCUUACUUCAACCUGGUGUACGACUGGAUAAAGGCGGCCGUGCUGUUUGGGGUGGUUGGGACUGUGGCCAGAUUGGACUACCUCGAUCCACCAAAGCCACCGAAAUGCAUCACCAUGCUCUACGUUUUUGCUGAGACGCACUUUGACAGAGGAAUUAAUGACUGGCUGUGCAAGUACGUCUACGACUACCUGGGCGAAGACCACACCAACAUCCUGAAGGAGCUGCUGGCAACGGUUUGCACCUUCCUGGUCACCACGCUGUGGCUGGGGCCGAUGAACGUGGUGUACAUCUGGUCUGUGUGCAACUGCUUUGGCCUCAACUUCGAGCUGUGGGUGCAGAAGUUCUUUGAGCUCGAACCUCUGGCGUCGGUUGAGACAAAGCAGAUGUCCAUGGCAAUGUCGAGAAGAAUCAGAGCGAUCUUUGGUGCUGCAAAUUUCUGGGCCAUCAUCUUGUACAACAUCCUCUCGUUGAACAGUGUUGACUUUGCCUUGUUGGUUGCUCGAAGGCUGUUCCUGGUUGGGUUUCCCCUGACCCCGAUCAGCAUCCUCUUCGUGACCUAUUGUGGCGUCCAACUGAUCAAAGAAAACGAACGCAGGCUGGCUCUGGAAGCUGAAAAAGAGAAAACGGAAUAGAAGAAACUGGCUGAGAGAGAGAGAAAGAGAGAGAGGGGAAGGAAGCCACAAAAAAACCUUCCCACACAACAGCUACCUAAUUGUCCUUUCAUAAGUCUUGCAAAGGAAGUUUCUAGUUAUCUAACUGAGCCGUUACCGAGAUAGUUGUUGCCACACUGGUGGGUGAUGUCCACACGUCUGCUCCAUGCGGCACGGCAUCACCUUGGAUCAUCUUUCCCUCCUCGCACAUCCUGGACACUUCCUGCUGGAAUCCGGUGGGUAGGGGGAAGGACAUCCAACUCAGGCAAAUGGCUGACCUAUCCCUCUCCCUCUUCCCCUCCUCACCCUCUCCCCCACCCUCCCUCUUUCCCUCUCCUUCUUUUCCUCUCUCUCUUUCCCUAUCCCUUUGCCUCUUUUCCUAUCCCUCUCUCCAUCCCCCUUUCUCCUUCCCCUUCUUUCUUCCUUUCCCCCUCCCCUGCCUCUCUCCACCUUCUUCUCCCUUCCCAAUCCCUGCCUUCACUUUCCCAUCUCCCUUAUCCUCCCUCUUCCUCUCACCUUCUCCCCUCUCCUCUCCUUUCACCCUGUCUCACUCCCCUGCUUCCCCUCCCCCUCCCCCACAUCCUCCCUUUCUCUCGUUCUCAUUCUCCCUCUCUCUCUUUCCCCCUUCAUCUCCCCUCACUCUGUCACUCUCUCUUCCUCUUCCCCUCCCUCUCUUCCCCACCGCCUCCCUCUCGUUCUAUCCCCCGACAUCCUCUCCCUCUUCCCAAGCAUGCCGUUUGUACAUUGCUGGGUGGGGUGUACAUUGGCGGUCUGACUAAAGUGUUUCUCGAUCAUGGAUGGCCAGUUGGCGCGUCAGGGCAUGGAUUUAACCCCAACCCGACCAGACUGGGGUAGUACAGCCGGGCCCAUGUCUCCGCGACUCCCUGCCCUUCCUGAAUCCAUCACUGCUAAUCCAGGUGUGCACGGGUAACAAUGGCCAGUGUUAGGCUGGGUCAGUCUGGGACCUGGGAUAUCUCAGCCUCUCAGAAAUCCCCUUCCACCCGGGACACGUCCACCCUCCCCCAAUAACAGGUGUAGCAGUAGUACACUGAGACAGUAUACAGUCACUGCCUCUCAAGAUGCCCCACCUCCUGCCCCCCCCCCCCCCCCCCCCCCCCCCCCCCCCCACCCACCCCCAACCCGCACCAUCUUCCACCCCGACUCCCUAUGUUACUGCAGGGCCCUGAAACCCUCAUUCUUGUCACUGUCUUCAUCUUAUUCCCUUCAGUGUUAUACAGCCAUAGAGUCAUGCAGCACAGAAACAGGCCCUUCGAUCCAACUCGUCCACGGUGACCCAGAUGCCUCAUUUAAGCUAGUAUCUCUUGCCCGCGUUUGGUCCUUCUCAUAGUCAUAACGUCAUACAGAGUGGAAAUAGGCCCUUCGGCCCAACGUACCACAUUGACCAGCAUGCCCCAUCUAUAGUCCUACCUGCCUGCAUUUGCUCGAUAUUAUAGUCAUACAGCAUAGAAAAAGGCCCUUCGGCCCAACUCAUCCAUGCCAACCAAGAUACCCCAUCUAAGCUAGUCACUUUUUCCCACAUUUAGUCCAUACCAUAGAGUCAUACGGCGUGAAAACAGGCCCUUCGGCUCAACAUGCCUAUGCUGACCAACAAGCCCCCGUCUACACCAGCUCCACCUCCCUGCCUUUAGUCCAUAUCCCUCUAAACCUGUCCUAUCCAUGUUAUCAUCAAAUCUUUCAGGCUCUGCACACCGGAGGUCACCACAGCUGACCAGGUGAGAUGGUCUGGUGAUCCGCUCUGUAAUCUGCACAGACAGGCUGCCCAUCGCUCCCACUGGGCUCCAGGGGUGAGUUGUGGGCAGUUUUCUUCACCCCCCCCCGCCCCCAUAGAUACAGAGUACUGAAAAGACCAAGGCUGCUAUUGGCCGUUUGCAAACAACAAUCAAAUAAUUAUCAUAUGACAAUGUUGUCAACCUUAUCCACAAUACACUCGCCCUCCCGUAGCGACCAGCGUUCACGGAAGGCCUCCAGAGUCCUUGUAGACACCGCGUGCUCCUUCCCCAGGGACACGCGGGCACGGACCUUCGCCCAGAAGAGGGGCAGGCCGUCUUGGCCAGGUCCAGGGGCAAACCAACAGGGAGAUUCUUCCCCCCUCCCCCCCCCCCCCCCCAACGAAUCCACUGAGGCACUGGAGGGGAGGGCGAUGCUACACGACACAAGGGCGCAUGGAGUGGUCGGCAGGGACUGCCGGAGCAAUCUUCUCUCACUUUCUCGGAUGGCAGAGCUUCCCCAAUUAUCAUCGGUUUGAUUUCCUUUCCUCAUUGUGGCCUUUACUGUGAUGCAGAUGUGAAAGUUGUUUGCACAGCUAGACUCUGAACUGAAUGCAUUGUCCAUUACCAUGCACUGUACCCUGCAAUACACUGUUCAAUAAACUGUAAAUUAUAAGCACACCUGUAACUAAUACAUGUAAUAUUAAAUUUGCUCUUUAAUUUUC